AUGAGUUUCCCAACCAAGAGUAUCACCAUCAAUCGAAAUCUUCGCCCCGCCGGCGCUUCGGGAAACGCUGGCACAGGGGCAUUUCCAAACACUCCCCUUCUCUUCUCUGCCGAUACGGAAAACACAGGUUAUCCUCCUCUCGCUAUAGCUAGAGCAGGUGGACAAGGUGGACAAAUCUACGUUUACUCUGAGGACAUUGGGGAGAACUCUUCUUACGCUUCCUUCGCUGGCGGAGGCCGACAGUGGGGCAGUAAUGCCAGCGAGUCGUUAGAGAAUUUGAGAGACUCUUUGACGUCCUACCUGCACCGUUCCUCCUCUCAAGCUUCAUCCCCGGCUUCCCCAUUACCAUCUCGACCUUAUAUGUCAUUCCCAACCAACCUCCUCACACCCCCUUCUUCCUUCACGCAAUCAGUCGAUAUACCUCAUCAACCUUCAACCGCGCACUAUCAUUCAACAAACAACGCCAUAUCCCUUCCUUUAACACCGAUAUCUUCUUCUUCAAUGAGUGAUGAUCUAUCUUCCCCGCCCAGAUCCCACAAAACCGGCAUACCAAAUAAACAGGAAAGACAAGUCAUCUCUCUGAUAUCUUCGAUCUUCCCAAAACAUUUUCAAACAAUAUCAACGUUAUCCUCAACCUUAGAAAUCGUCACUCCACCUUCCAAUGUUCUUAAAGGAUUCAUAGUCGAUCAUUCUACUCGAACUGUUUUUAUACAUUUGCCUCCUACUGCAUCAACCUCGACACAAGCCGAACGACCUGAAACGCUGUCGCCUAAUUUCUCGCAAGUUCUACGUCCACACGAUCCUACAUUAUCCAGUUCUCCGUUAACUUCCUCAACUCAAUAUGCCCUGGAUAUCAGAGAAUCUUUGACUGCUUUAUUGGAUUUAGCUUCGGACGCGUUGGAAGCUAGUAAUCUAGUUUUAGUCUUAGAUAGGGAUGAAAGGGAACAAGAAGGUUUAGGUGAAUUAUUACAUUCUCUCAUGUAUGUAGGAGGCCAAGUUUUAAAACCACCCUCAUUCGAAGGCUGGGAAUGGGAUAUCAGGAAAUGGGUUUUAGUGGGGAUGGAAUUGUGA